AUGAAUGUGAAAAUCAUUUCAUGGAACGUGAGGGGACUGAAUCGCAGGAAUAAGAGAAGGGUGAUCAGAAGCUUGAUCCUUAACUGGAAAGCUGAUGUAUUCUGUUUUCAAGAAUCGAAAAUAGAAGGGGAUAUAGAAGGGAUUAUCAAAGAAAUUUGGGGGGUCAGGGGUAUUAAAUACGGGCAAUUGGAGGCUAGUGGUACUAAAGGUGGUAUUCUAAUGUUAUGGGAUAGUAAAGUUUGGAAAGGGGAGGUAGUAACCACGGGUGCUCAUUCAUUGACUUGCAAAUUUGAGUCACAUUCUCAAGACUUUAAUUGGCACAUGACAAGAGUUUAUGCUCCUAAUUGCAUCAGAGAAAGAAGGGAAGUGUGGUGGGAAAUAGGGGGUACUAGAAGUCUGUUCACAGGGCCUUGGGUAGUUGCCGGUGAUUUUAACACAGUCAGAUUUCCCUCUGAAAAGAGGAAUUGCAGCAGAAUAACCAAAACUAUGACUGAGUUUUCUAAUUUCAUUGAAGACAUGGACUUGGUUGAUCUUCCAUUAGAAGGGGGCAUCUAUACAUGGGCUAGAGGGAACAGUCAGGAGACCAUCUAA